AUGCUCGGCGUGCCUUAUUUGGCAUUCCACAAUCUCUCAAUCUUGAUCUCUUCCAUCAUGGGCUUCACCUACGUUAUCGAACACAUGGAGGACGACGACGACACGGUCAGGGCUAUCCCUCCUUGGGUAGAACUCGAGUACACCGUCGGUCCUCAUUCUCCAUCCAUCUAUCACACCUCUGAUCCAGCCGAACAGCACAUGCGCACACUCGCGGGUCCUUCUUCUGCCGUUCACUUCACUCACCUCACUUCUGCAUCGCGCGAAUCAUUGUCUGCAGUGUUUGCCCCGGCGGGCGGACUAGCAAGUGCAGCAUGCCAUCAAGAGGGCGUCCUCGAUCUCAUGGCACGGUUACUUGGACCCGACGCCAAGUCUAAAAUAUGUCUGCUUGAUCCCAAAGCAGAAAAUGUUCUGGCCCCAGAGGAUGGGGAUGGGCGCUUUGAGUGGUUCCUGUUCGGGGGCAUCCUGGGCGACGAUCCUCCUCGAGAUCGGACUUCUGAACUGCGUGUACUGGGCUUCCCCACGCGUCACUUGGGCCCGGUACAGAUGACUACGGAUACCGCACUCGGUGUGACCAAGCUCGUGGUGCAAGACAAAAUCCCACUCGACAAAAUUCCAUACAUCGAUCUCCCGACUAUCACAUUCAACGCCAAGGAAAGCGUAGAGAUGCCGUUCAGAUAUGUAGCCGAGGGUUCCGAACCGAAGUUACCACCCGGAAUGAGAGAGCUGUUGCAUGAAGAUUUGAAUAAAAGUUUUGAUUUUUAACGUGAUGUCAUUCAAGAUUCGAUUGAAACUGUCCCGCUUGACCACCAUCGUGUCACCCACCCAGGGCUGACCCUAGCUCGUCAUUGGAGUGCCGUUAGUAAUUUGGAGACCUGCAGCCAGAAUAUUGCGACUCCGAUUUGGAGUGCAAAGUUCCGCUCGUGGGAAUCAUUACGUUAUCAAAAUGUGCUGGAGCCGAG